UCACACUGCUUCUCUCUUGCGCUAAUGGAAAUUCAGUCUCUUCUCGCUGCUACGCCUACACUUCCUCCUCCGCGCCUUAGGCGUACUUUAAAGACGGUUCGUCCAAAUGUUCUCUGCCGUUGGAGAGACUCAGAUAAUCGAGCUUUAGCUCGCAAGAUAAUCCGGCAGUGUAAGCAAGACCGAGGUUUUGAUCAAAAGGAUAGUGAUGCAGCUUGUGCUGCAUUAGUUCAAGACUUGAGUCAAAAAAGAAUGCCUCAUCUAGCUCAAGAGCUUUUACUUGAGAUGAAAUCUGAAGGUUUUCUGCCUGGCACCUCUACAUUGUCAGCUCUGAUGCUAUGCUAUGCACGUAAUGGCCUUCUUCAGCAAGCACAGGCAAUUUGGGAGGAAAUAAUAAAUAGUUCUUUUGUGCCAAGUAUUCAAAUAGUUUCAGAGCUAUUUGAUGCAUAUGGGAAGAUGGAACAGUUUGAUGAUGUAGCCAAAAUUGUGGAUCAGGUAAGUUCAAGAGAUUUUAAUUUGUUACCUGAAGUUUACUCUCUGGCUAUUUCCUGCUUCGGAAAAGGAGGACAGCUUGAAUUGAUGGAAAAUACUUUGAAGAAAAUGGUUUAGGGUUAUAUUAUAGAUUCUUCCACUGGUAACGCCUUUAUUAGAUAUUAUAGUAUCUUUGGUUCUCUGAGAGAGAUGGAGAAUGCCUACGGUCGCCUUAAAAGGUCUAGACUUUUAUUAGAAAAAGAAGGAAUCAGGGCAAUAUCGUUUGCAUAUAUUAAGGAAAGGAAGUUCUACAAAUUAGGUGAGUUCCUGAGAGAUGUGGGUCUUGCUCGGACUAAUGUCGGAAAUCUCUUAUGGAACCUUCUGCUGCUAUCCUAUGCUGCCAAUUUUAAAAUGAAAACCUUGCAGAGAGAAUUUGUGAGAAUGGUUGAAGCUGGAUUUCAUCCUGAUCUCAACACAUUUAAUAUCCGGUGUCUCGCUUUUUCAAGAAUGUCUUUGUUAUGGGAUCUCCAUCUUAGCCUUGAACACAUGAGACAUGAACAAAUCAGCCCUGAUCUUGUGACUUAUGGUUGUUUUGUUGAUGCAUAUAUUGAUAAAGGACUAGGGAGAAAUUUAAACUUUGCUUUGAACAAAAUGAACUUGGAUGAUUCUCCACUACUAUUAACAGAUCCAUUUGUGUUUGAGGUUUUGGGUAAAGGGGACUUUCAGUCCAGCUCAGAGGCAUUUUUGGAGUUUAAAAGUCCGAGGGAAUGGAAUUACAGGAAACUGAUUGCAGUAUAUCUCAAAAAACAAUGCCGGCGGGAUCAAAUCUUUUGGAAUUAUUGACAAGUGCUGGUCUGAUUGUUCAUAGAAUCUUAACAAGCUAUUGUACAGAAAAGAUGCUUCAUUUCAGUUCUUUGAUACAUAGGACUUUGAGAUCAGUGGAAAACCUGCAGCUGCCUACAAGAUCGGCUAUUUCCACUCAGUAUAUAUUGUCUUCCUAGGCAUACUUCACGUUUAUGUCCUAAGAAGUUUUGAUAAUUUGAUAUAAUAAAAUUAUGAAAACAAAAUUCGUGAAAAGGUUUUUUGAGCUUUCAAUUCAUUUUCAACUCA